AUGGAUUCCAUCUUCUCUGUGAUUGGAUCCUACGUUGACUGGGAUAUGAAAAGUCUGCUGCUCUUCUUGGCAGUUUUCAUCAUCACCACAGAUUAUAUCAAGAACCGUCGGCCGGCCAGCUUCCCUCCAGGACCCUGGGCACUUCCUGUUGUGGGCAACAUGUUCACCGUGGACCACAGCAGGACUCACGAGAGUCUGACAGAGUUAGGGAGAAGAUAUGGGGACGUGUUCAGCCUGAGAAUGGGCUCUGUGUGGAUGGUGGUGUUGAACAGGUUCGAGGUUCUGAAGGAAGCUCUGGUGACGCAGGGAGACAGCCUGGCAGAGCGUCCUGACCUCCCUCUGCAAGUGGAAAUAGUCCACAAACUGGGCAUAAACUUCAGCAACGGGAACACCUGGAAGCAGCAGAGGCGUUUUGCACUCUCAACCCUCAGAAACUUUGGAUUUGCCAAGAAGUCACUUGAGCCUGUCAUCCUGGAUGAAUUUACGUAUUGUGCAGAAGAGUUCAAUUCCCAAAAAGGUAAACCGUUCAAUCCACACCUCACCAUCAACAACGCCGUCUCCAACAUCAUCUGCUCCCUGAUCUUUGGUCAUCGCUUCGAGUACGGUGACGAGAUGUUCCUGAAAAUGAUGAAGCUGUUACCGAAAGGCCUCAAGAUCCAAGGGUCCAUCUGGGCACAGUUUUACAACUCGUUCCCUCUGCUGAUGAAACAUUUACCGGGGCCACAUCAGACAGUCCAGCACAUCUGGAGUGAAGUGAAGGACUUCAUAAGAGGAGAGGUUGAAGUGCACAAACUGAACUGGGAUCCCUCGGACCAGAGAGACUACAUAGACUGUUACCUGAAUGAGAUUCAGAUGAACAAGGGGCAGGUUGAGAGUAGUUUUGAGGAGGAAACCUUGGUUAUGAGCCUCCUUGAUCUGUUUGUGGCUGGUUCAGAGACCACAUCCAGCACCCUGCGCUGGGCCGUCCUCCACAUGGCAAAUAACCCUGAAAUCCAAGAGAAAGUCCAGGCUGAAAUAGACCUAGUGAUUGGACAGUCCAGACGGCCAUGCAUGGAGGACCGCGCAGACCUGCCCUACACUGAUGCCGUCAUCCACGAGGUGCAGAGGAUGGGCAACAUUAUUCCUCUCAGCCUCCCUCACUUCACCAACAAAGACCUCCACCUGGGAAAGUACACCGUCCCAAAGGGCGUCACAGUGAUUACCAAUUUGACCUCGGUGAUGUUCGACGAGAACGAGUGGGAGACGCCCUUCACCUUUAACCCAGGACACUUUCUGACUGAGGAGGGGACGUUUGUGAAGAAACCUUCUUUCAUCCCUUUCUCUGCAGGUAAACGGAUAUGUCCCGGGGAGACCCUGGCCAAGAUGGAGCUUUUCCUCUUCUUCACCUCCUUCAUGCAGCGCUUCACCUUCUCCAUGCCUGCUGGGGUGAAGCCGAUGAUGAAGCAGAGUUUUAGCAUUGUCCUGGCACCACAUCCAUAUGAAAUCUGCGCAACACCCCGCUAA